CUUGUCUGCGAUCCAGCUGACGUCACGCACUGAUCUUUGGGAAGAGUGACGGAGCAGAGCUCCAAACUUUUACAUACCGGUGACUUUUAAACUCAUCUUCUUCAUUGAGUGGGAUCUGUCAAUACCUCAAAUAGUCCAAAACAACUUUGUUAUUGAUCAAAAUAUCGUUGUAUUUAUUCGACGUGGAUGUCUCCUCUGCUUUUGAGCUUUUGUGUUGGUGAGACCCAGCUGAGAUUUGGGAUAGUCAUACACAUGCGGAUCCCAUUUAUGUUCGGGUUUUUUAUAUUCGGUUCGGAGAAGGAUUAACGUUUUGUAUAUUUUUCACAAGUUUUUAUUGUUUUGUUUGAAGUCCGUGGGAUUUUCACUGAACGGAAAAACUUCCACCCAACUUUUUUUGUGCAGCUGGUCGUCGUGUGAUCCAGCAGGUGGAGAAACUCGAGCCGCUCUUUCAUCAGAUAAAAGCACAACAAUCUAUUUAAAAAAUAAAGCGGAUUCCUUUAAAAGUUGGAUUUUAUUUCACGACUUGGUGACUGGAAGUAACUAUCCGAAACGAGUGCUGGGUCAACUGACAGGUUGUUGCCAUGGCGUCAUCGGUGAAGGUGGCAGUGCGGGUACGACCGUUCAACAACCGCGAAACCAACCGAGGAGCGAAGUGUGUGAUUCAGAUGCAGGACAAGAGCACAUGUAUUGCUAAUCCCAAACAACCCAAGGAUGCACCCAAAAACUUCACAUUUGACUACUCGUACUGGUCUCAUAGCUCGGAGGAGGAUCCGUCCUUCGCGUCUCAGAGGAAGGUGUACGAAGACAUUGGAGAGGAGAUGUUGCUUCAUGCCUUUGAGGGUUAUAAUGUGUGUAUCUUUGCUUAUGGACAAACUGGAGCAGGAAAAUCAUACACAAUGAUGGGAAAACAAGAACCUGGUCAGCAAGGCAUUAUACCACAGAUGUGUGAAGAUUUAUUUAGACAAACAGCAUCUAACACUGAUCCUGACCUGUCCUAUUCUGUAGAGGUCUCGUACAUGGAGAUUUAUUGCGAGCGGGUACGAGACCUGUUGAACCCAAAGAGCCGGGAGUCCCUGCGGGUGAGAGAACAUCCUAUAAUGGGACCUUACGUAGAAGACCUCUCCAAAAUGGCUGUCACCAACUUCAGUGAUAUUGCUGACCUUAUGGACACUGGCAACAAAGCCAGGACGGUUGCUGCUACUAACAUGAACGAGACCAGCAGUCGUUCUCAUGCGGUCUUUACAAUCCUCUUCACACAGCGCCGACAUGACAACAUGACCAACCUGGACACUGAAAAGGUGAGUAAGAUCAGUCUGGUUGAUCUGGCUGGAAGUGAGAGAGCAGACUCAUCUGGUGCUAAAGGCAUGAGGUUAAAGGAAGGAGCCAAUAUUAAUAAAUCUCUCACAACACUGGGAAAAGUCAUCUCGGCCCUGGCAGAUAUGCAAAGCACAAAGAAGAGACGUUCAGACUUCAUACCUUACAGGGACUCGGUGCUCACAUGGUUAUUGAGGGAGAAUUUAGGUGGAAACUCUCGCACGGCCAUGAUUGCUGCUUUAAGUCCGGCAGAUAUUAAUUAUGAGGAAACGCUUAGCACUCUCAGGUAUGCUGACAGAGCAAAGCAAAUCAAAUGUAACGCUGUGGUCAAUGAAGAUCCAAAUGCUCGUCUGGUCCGGGAGCUGAAGGAGGAGGUAAACAGACUGAAAGAGCUCCUCUUGUCUCAGGGACUCAGUAACCUCAUCACUGCCUCAGGGUCUGAUGCGGGCAAUCUGGCUUUGGCAGGCCCAUCGGGUGCACUGAAUCAGCCAGCGCUCUCAUAUGAUCAGGCUACAACGGAUACACUGAUGGAGGGCGUGAUGCCCACAAGUCCCACUGAGGUCAUUAGUAAAGAGGAAGCCGCUGAGAGACUCCAGGAAACUGAGAAGAUAAUUGCCGAGUUAAACGAAACCUGGGAGGAGAAACUCAGAAAAACUGAAUCUAUACGACAAGAGAGGGAGUCACUGUUGGCUGAGAUGGGCGUGUCUGUGAGGGAGGAUGGAGGAACAGUGGGCGUCUUCUCACCCAAAAAAACACCUCACCUGGUGAAUCUGAAUGAAGAUCCGCUGAUGUCAGAGUGUCUGAUCUACUACAUUAAAGAUGGAGUCACCAGGGUCGGUCAGGAGGAUGUGGAUAUUCGUCUGAGCGGUCAGUUUAUAAAGGAACUGCAUUGUGUCUUUUGCAGUGACAUCAAUGAGAAUCAAGAAGUGGUUGUAACCCUGGAGCCAUUAGUUGGGGCAGAAACGUACGUCAAUGGAAAGAGAAUAACUGAGGGAGUUGUGCUGAAACAAGGUAAUCGUAUAGUAAUGGGGAAGAACCAUGUGUUCAGAUUUAACCACCCUGAGCAGGCCAGACUGGAGAGGGAGCGCAGUGCUACACAGGAACAGCAGGGGGAGCCGGUGGACUGGAGCUACGCACAGGAAGAACUGCUGGAGAAACAGGGCAUUGACAUCAAACAAGAGAUGGAGAAGAGACUGCAAGAUCUUGAGAAUCAGUACCGUAAGGAGAAAGAGGAGGCCGACCAACUUCUUGAACAACAGAGACUGUAUGCAGACUCGGACAGCGGGGAUGACUCGGAUAAACGUUCCUGUGAGGAGAGCUGGAGACUCAUCUCAUCUCUCCGAGAAAAAUUGCCAGCCAACAAGAUGCAGUCUAUAGUGAAGAAGUGCGGUUUGCCCAGCAGUGGUAAGAGAAGAGAACCCCUGCGUGUUUAUCAGAUCCCACAGCGACGCCGUUUGCCCGGCACACACGAAUCCAAACACAAACUCAGCCUGGAAGAGCUUCGCACGCAGGCUGUCAAAGAGAUCUGCUAUGAGGUGGCACUCGGCGACUUCCGGCACACGCGGCAAGAGAUCGAGGCCUUGGCCAUCGUCAGGAUGAAGGAGCUUUGUCGGACAUACGGCCAGAAAGACCCUCAGGAGAGAGAGAGCUGGAAGAACGUGGCCAAAGACGUGUGCGAGACGGUGGGCAUCGGCGAGGAGGAGGGAGACAGGGACGAGAGGGUGACGGGAGCGGCGGUCGGGAACGGGAGAGGGAAGACGGAUAUGGGUGAGCUGAAGGCUCAUAUCGAUAAACUGACUGAUAUACUGCAGGAGGUCAAGCUACAGAAUAAUAUGAAGGACGAGGAGAUCCGAUCUCUAAGGGACCGCAUGGUGAAGAUGGAGAAGAUAUUACCCGUAGAAGUGCAGGGGGAGAAUGAUGAUGAUGAUGAAGACAUUAUCACAGUAGGUGGAGCUAGCGGAGAAGACCAAGAGACACAGGGCAACAGACGUGAUGAGGAUUCCGGGUAUCGGCGGGGUCGCCAUCGCUGGCAGUACCCGGAUAAGUAUCACGACCCUAAACGUCGAAGAGGAACUGGUUAUCAGUCAAACAACACCCCUCCGUCAGGACACAACCCGUUCAGUACAUCUCGCUACCAAAAUCCAUCGUUCAAUUCCUCGCAAACCCCUCGCAACCCAAACGGGCCUUUCUUGCCAGGCACGGGGCGAUUCCUGCCGCCUCAAGAGAGAAAGCUACAGUUUCCCUUUAAAAAUAAUCCUCAGCACCGGGGCUUCAUCUGGGGCCCGUCUGCGAGUCAGGCCGGAGGCAGCGAGAGAGCAAACGAUCAGUCGUUUUCGGAAACCGACUCUGUUCACACUUUCCAGUCCUCUCCAUCCCCAAACAUGGGCCAGUGGUCCAACAGUCAUCACCAACAGCGCCGUAACCAUGGCAACAGAGGCUACGGUAAUCGCGGAAAUAGGCAAAGGUCGCGAAACAGAGGGCGGAACCCGUUCGACGAAUAUCUGACCAAUGAGCAGGACGGGAAUGUCGAACGUAGAGACGGCGGAUCGACUUACAAGCAGGGAAGGCCGCGCUACUCCUGGUACGGUCCGAAUUUUGCAUCCGACCAGUGUGUUGGUAAUGAAUAUCAUCAAAACAAUCAGCACCAAAGCAGGCAAGGUUUCUACAAACACCCCAACGCGCAGUACAACCAUUACCAAACUUCUCAUCAGCUGGACAACCCUCCCGACGUGACCCGACAUGGAUUUCAGGGCAAUCCUAAUGCACCGCCUACUACGGAGUGCAGUACACCUAUGGAGACCUGAUUUACUGUACACGGGAGUAAGUGUAAUGAAUGAUUUUCUUAUAGUAGUUCAAGGAAUUGAAGUAUUUUUCCUCCAGAUUUGAACUAUUUUUACUUCUCAGUUUUGCCGUGGUUUGUUGUGAAAGAGUUCAUGCUGAAGAAAAGCAAGGGAGAACAAUUUUACUUCAAAAGUUUUUAUACCAUAAGCAUUUUUAGGAAAAUAUGUAUGCACCUAUAUUAUGUACAUAUCGCAGUUGUAUACCUGCACUUACAGUGCUUUAUGAGUGAUGUUUUUAUGCGCAUACGUACAGUAAUGUGUAUAUAUCCGUACGUAGAUUAUACAUAACACACAAGGGUGUGUGUUCGAGUUCAGCUGAGUUUUUAAUAACGCACAAUGCACUGCAAUGUCGGCGUUAUAUUUUGUAAAGCAUCUCGCUAUCUGCUGGAUAUUGGUUUAACUUUGUGCCUGCUGAAAUGCCAAAGAAUUUAGAGGCCUUAAAGCCUUCGGGUUUGUAGCUGUUUUUGAUGCUGUCAUAUUUAUAAUUACAAAUUUUACCCAAUAUCUUCUUAAUCGUUUAUGUACUUUAUUAUUGUUGGAUCUUAAAGGUGCAUUGUGUAACUUUUAGAAGGAUCUUUUGACAGAAAUGCAAUAUAAUAUACAAAACUACAUUAUCAGUGGUGUAUAAAGACCUUACAAAAUGAACUGUAGUGCUUUUAUUACCUAAUGAGUCGUUUUUAUCUACAUACACCGUACAUACAUGGAAAUCACCACCAUGUUUCUACAGUAGCCUUAAAGGGAUAGUUCGGCCAAAAAUUAUAUUAAACCCAUGAUUUACUCACCCCCAAGCUG